AUUUUAUUGUCUUCCAUGUUGUUUUUCCCUGAAAUUAUUCGAAAAAUUCUACUUCGAAUGUUCGGAAUUUAACGAAAUUAGAACUAAUAACGAACAAGGAAUUUAAUGACGUCGCACAAAGAAUUUAAGAAAAUGACGUCACUUCCCAAUGUGGCGGCCACCGUGAAUUAACGUAUCAUCAUUAGAAGGAAUUUAUAAAGAUUGGUGGAGAUUUCGCAAAUUAUAGUUGUCAUCAAUAUGGACGAGCGAACGGCCAAAUUAGGCUAUACUCCGCAAAAAGAAGUUAUUUAUAAUAAACUCUUACCGUAUUCUGAAGAAUUAGACGAAGAAUCUCAAAGACUUUUUUCAGAAAUCAAAACAAAUAUAGCUAAAUCUAUUUUGCUUCAUGAAUUAAAACCUGGAACAGUUCAUUGGUUGACAAAUCUGUCCAGAUAUUUAAAAUUAUAUGGAAGAAAGUUUUCCAAAAAUGACCAUAUACAGUUGAUCAAACUGUUGUACAAAAUCAUUACAAUUCCAGAUUUGGAGUUGAACAUUUUACAGCAUGUUGUUCACAUAUUGACAUUGUUAUUGAAAAAAAAGGAAUUACUUUCAAGAGAAGAUCUUGAAUUACCAUGGAGACCUUUAUAUGAAUUAUAUGAAAGAACAAUGUAUUCUCCAUUUGAACGACUAGGAAUGUUUCUAUUACCAUUAAACUUAGAUGCAGGUUUGAAGGGAUUGAUUCAAGCAUGUAGAAUCUAUUUUUCAGUUGAUGCUACACAGGAAAUGCUUUCAGAAUGGUAUCCUCUCAUCUGUCCAUUUGAUACAUCUAUGAGCAAAGCUAUUUCCUAUUUAGAAUUAUUUCUUCCAACUUGCUUGCCACCCGAGCAUCAUGAUAAAGGAUUCAAGUUAUGGAUGCCUGAUUUAAUGAAAAUAUGGCAAUCAUGUUAUAAUAUUAAUCCUUGGGAAAAUCACUUGGUAUGGUUAUUUGCUCGCCUAGCUAAUGAUAACAUUGGUUAUAUUGAUUGGGAACAAUAUAUUCCAACAAUAUUUACAAGACUUUUAUACAGUUUUAAUUUACCUGGAAGUACAAACAAAACACAAGUUAAAAUUUUAUUAAAUACAGGAAUUGAUACAAAUGCUGUUGUUAUUUGGAUUGUUUCAAUGUUGGGUGGGAAAAGUAGUUGUCAAAAACAUAUUGCUCAUUUUUUCAAGGCUGUAGAAUCAUAUUAUCAUCCUUCAAAUAAUGGAAGAUGGAUGAUGAAGUUACAACGACUACUGCAUAAACUUCCAACUGCCUUAGUGAAACGACUUAAUAGGGAACGAUAUCGUCAACACACCUGGGAGACACCAAUACCUGACAGUUGUAAAUUAACAGACAAAGAAGUGACAGAAUUUGUAAAAAGCAUGAACCAUGUUGUAUUAUUAUCUAUGUUUAGUAAAGGAGGAAGUACUGAUUGUGCUUUGGCACUUCAAAACUUGUCAAUUUUAUGCCCUGAGGUGGUCAUUCCUCCAGUGUUAGAAAGGUUGUAUUCUUCAUUGGAAACAUUGACUGAGCCUCAUUGUCUAACAGCUGCUAUGCAUUGCAUUGUCGCAGUUGCCAGAACACUUGUUAGAGGUGGUAGUCGCUAUGCUGAAGGACCAACUCAUGUCAUACCCCUUCUGAUAGGUUCAUUACCAGGAAUUGAUCCAAAUGAUAUUAAAAAAUGCAUAGUUACUUUUCAAUUUCUUUCCACGUUUACAUCUAUUAUUACUAUUGUUGAUUGUUCAAGAGCUCUAAACUACAGAAAUGAUCUUACUGAGAUUGAACAAGAAAUUUGCUUUGCUUCAGUACAGUUUGAAGAUUUUGUACUUCAGUUCAUGGAUAGGGUAAAUCCUGAACAGGCAUUGAAAGCAUUUGUUCCUCAUUUUAGUAAGCUUAUUAUGGCUCUUACCGCUACUGAAGAUGUAACUAAAGAAGAAACACUUGAUAAUGAAUUACUAUUUAGUCUUCUUUUGCUUUCAGAGGUUGUACGUUGUGAUGGUCGUCAAGUGUUGAAAUACAAAAAUGAAUUAGAAAAAGUAUUAUAUCGUACUGUAUCUUUGAAUUCACGUCAAGGAUAUUUAUUGGCAGGAGCCUUAUUUCGUCACAUUUUGAGAAGUAUGGUACUAGUAUAUCCAUUAGAUUAUCGUAGCACCUGUGUACCAUGGGAACGGUGUCAGAAUUUUCAAGACUAUCUUCCUAUUCAGGAUUGGGGAAAGCCUGGAGACAUCAAUAAUUUAGGAAUACAAUGGCAUAUUCCAACCAAGGAAGAAAUUGAAUUUGUGCAUCAUUUACUUGAAACUUUUCUGAAUUCUGAAUUAACAAAAUUAUUAGAAUGGAGUAGAAGUAAAAUUACUUUAACAAGAGAUGAAUUACAAUGUAGUCUAAAUUUAGUACUUGAAGGUCUACUUGGGGCAGGAUUUGUUCUUCCAAUAUGGAAAGGAGAAUCAUUUAAUGCAACUGAAUCAUCUGUACCACUGUAUUGUACAAGAGUAACAAAAGAUGGAAGCACAGAAAUUCACUUCAAGGAUGGUAGGAAUGUUCGACAGACAGUUGCUGAAAUUAUUCAAGAGGUUUUAAGUCAUGUGAUGGAAUCAUUUGAAGAUGAUACAAAGUCAUUAUUUUUAAUUAUCAGGAUAUAUCGAACCUUAAUGUUUUAUUGGGGUGCUACUAAGGAAGAAUUUGAUUCAAGAUGGAAAGGCUUCCACGUUGUUAAAAAAAGUCUUGAAAACAAGUUAAUUGGAUAUAAACGACAUGUAAGGACAUUGCUCAUUGAUCGUACAUUACUUCAGCAUGAGCUUCGUAUUUUGGAAAAAAACAAAACAAUCUUCACAAGAUUACAUCAAAAAUUAAUUUUUGAUUUGUUAGGUCUCUCAACUAGUCAUUAUAGUAAAAUUCGAGCAAAAGCACAAGAAGCUUUUCAUUUGUGUCUGAGAUCUUAUCCUCAUUGCUAUCAUGUUUUUCUUGAGAAAAUUUUAAGCUUCAUUCGCAAAGAAACAAAUGCAUCACAUGAACAGUUCAAGGGUGCUUUAUAUAUAUUACUUGGAAUAAAGCAACAAUCCUUACUGAGAGUUCACAAUUGGGAAAUUUUGAAAGAUAUCUGGCCAACAAUUAUCAAUGCACCUCAUUCGGAGAAACCUUCCAUUAUUAAACUUUUAGAACACAUAUCUUCUACAGUAUUAAAAUAUUCAGAUACAAUCCAGAUUGAAUUUCAGGUAACUGAUGAUGUACUUAAUGAAGCAAAAUUGCUUUGGUCAAAUGAGAUACCUCUGCUAUUAGAACCAUGUCCUUCACCUACCAGAAUAGAGGAAGCAAAAGCUGCUCUUCUGUUGAAAAAUCAGAAGAAUAUAAAUAAUUAUAAUGCAUUAGUACAUAAACUAGUGGAUUUAAUUCAGAAUGGCAACCUACAUUGGCGGUAUUAUCACAUGGGCCUUAUGUUUCUGAAUCUCCUGAUACAUUAUAAAAUUGAAUUACCAGCACCAGCUGUUAAAAUGUUUGUUCAGCAUUUAAUUCAUGAUACUCUGAAUGUCAGACAAAUUGCCAUUAGUGCAAUGUGUGCAAUUUUAAAACAACAAAAGAUCCUUCGUAAAACUAAAGAAGUGGAUCCUCUUUCUGUGGAUGUUUCGGCUGUGCCAUUACACAGUCUACUUCCAAAAGAUGUCAUUUGUAACAACUUAUGGUUACAGUACAAUAGUUUAACUUCUCCUAGGACUAAACAGAAAUGGGAAAACAGUGUAUUUGUACAUAAAACUUAUAUUGGAUUCUAUGCAUGGCCAAAACCAUUGCUAGUAUAUUCACCUGAUUCGGAACAACCAAUAUUGGAUCGUAAAAGAGAGGAUUUGUCUGAGGUAGAAAAACCUAUAUAUGAUGCAUUCACACAACAAGAAUUUGUUGAUAAGUUAAUAACUUAUUUAUCAAUAGAAGAAACCAAAGGACAUGACAAAUUUGAUUGCCAGAGGUUUUACAUGUUUAAGGGAUUGUUUCGUAAUUUUGGAGAUACAUUUUUGCCCUAUUUUAAAAGCCACUUAGAGAAACAAGUUGUAGAUUUACAGGAAAGUGUGCAACGAUGUGCUGCUGAAAUUAUUGCAGGACUCCUUAAGGGCAGCAAACACUGGGAUUUUGAAAAGACAAGCACUCUUGAAAAGACAUUAACACCUAUUUUGCGAUUAGCACUGAAUAAUAUUACUCCAGAGACUGUGACGGAUUGGGGAACUUGUUUUGCAACAUCAUCUUGUAACAGAGAUCCUAAUAAAUUGCAUUGGUUGUUUGAAUUACUGAUGGAAGAUCGAUUAAAAGGUGAAAAUGGUUCAUUUUUGGAAUCAAGUUGUUUGUAUAUUUUGUUUGGAGUCUUAAGCCAACAAGAAUGGCGAUGUUUUGAGCUUCUUCACCGACUUCUAGAGUAUCUUAAGCCACAUCUGACCCAUAGUUAUCAAAAUGUACGAGAAAAGAUUGGCAGUUUGGUUGGAAACAUUUUUAUGUACGACUUGGCUUUUCCAAAUUCUCCCUGCUUAAAGUUAGCACCACAGAGAGCACCUUUUAUCCAAGAAAUAUUGUCUCAGUUGUCUAUACUAAAUAUUGAAGAAAACAUAGAUUCUCCUAUGGAUGAAAUUACUCCUUUCUUUAAUAAUAAAGCUGGGGAUAUAAAACUAUUGGAAGAAAAUUGCACUAACCAUGUGAUGGAAUCUGGUGCUUCCAAAGAAAAGAAGAAAGCUAUUAAUUUAUUAAGAACUGCUAAAUAUGAUGGGAAUGCAAUGAAAAACUUCCUUGAUACAGCCCAUAAAGCUGGAUAUAAUGCUGGAAGUAGCCUUGGAAGCCAAAAUUCUUGA